UAAACUGCGCCUCCUCGCUCUUCAGUCGCUUCAGCCGUUUUCUUUUUCCGCUGAUAUUCUCACUUGUUAACAAGAAUACUUUCCUACAGCUCAGACGGUCUCUGCGUCCGGGAGAGGAAAAUCAGGACUUUGCUCUUUAUCGUCACUUUGACCUGCAAGUUUGUGAACUCAAGUUUUUUUAGACACAUUUAGUCCACAGGACCAAAAAAAAAAAAAAAAAGGAAAGAAAAAGAAAAAGAAAAAAAGAAAAAGAAAAAGAAAGAAAAAGACAAAGAGAGAGAGAAAAAAGAUGAUUGAUCAGUCUAACCUAAAUGUCCAGUCUUUGCUCUUUGGAUGCCUGGCUUGUCUUGUUGUGACCUCUGUUGUGAACGCAGAUGGUCGAGUUUUUGUGUUGGACCUGAGGAACUCCUCCGGUGUGCAAGGCUUCAGGGAUGCUGAGCAAGCAUGCGCCUCAAAGCAAGCCCGCUUGGCAUCAGUAGAGGAGCUCCGUCAUGCUGUGAUGGAGUGCUUCUUCUCUCAGUGUACUCGUGGGUGGCUCUAUGGAGGCACAGUAGGAACCACAGUGUGUAAUGUUGUGGGCAGUUUAUUGAAAGCAGUGGUUGUGAGGACAGAAAAUGCUACAGAGGACAUGACACACCUGGAUGCCUUCUGCAUCAAAGACAAAGGCCUGCCUUGUGGAGACCCUCCUUCCUUUCCUAAUGCUAUUUUGCAGGAGCACUCUGGGUUUGAGAUGGGAGAUGAGCUGGUGUACACAUGUGUCUCAGGAUAUGUGAUGCCAAGUGGAAACACCGCCUUCAGCCUGCUGUGUGACAGCUGUGGGGAGUGGUAUGGGACAGUGCAGAUUUGUGUCAAAGAUGAGCUGGAAAGCCAUGUUGACUAUGAGGACAAAUUCACAGACUCCUAUGAAGAAGCAGACCGUGACCAUGAGAGUCUAGAGGAGGCACAAGAUGAGAUGUCAGAGGAAGCAUAUGAUGGGAAGAGGAGCAUGGAGCAGCAGGAGAAAAUAUUCAAUGUUAAAGUACAGCAGAGGCAUCAUGAGCCGCAUGGAGGGCAUGAUGUGGAAGGAAAGGUGACAGAGAAUAUCAGAGCACUUGAAGGGACGGUAGAAGGAGCAACAAACCAGGAAUCUGCUUUUGAGGAUUUCACCAGCCGUCCGAGGUGGGAGGAGGAAAGGAUCGGGUUAGUCACUGUCGAUGUAGCUGCAGCCACAGAGGAACCCGUCUCUGUUCUGUCUCAAAAACAUAUGUUCUGGUUUCCCCCUGAGGCAUUCCCAGAAGAGGAACCUCCUGUCUUCACCGACUCUGUCACACAGAAUCCUGCCACACAGAUAACACAGAGAGCCUCUGGAGGCCAGUCUGAGGAAAGUAAAGAGCAUGAGAGCCAGGAGAAACGUCGCCAUCCAAUCCCUAUUGAUGUUGAUGAUCAUGAUGAUGAGCCAGAAGCCAAUGAUAAUCAUGAACAUGAUAAUGAUGACAGAGAUGAAGACAACAGCCGUCAUGAUGACCUAGACAUCCAUAAUGACGACCAUUAUGAUGAUCAAGACGACGUCGACAGUCAUAGUCAGGAAGAGGACCAUGAUGAUCAUGUAAAGCGCCCAGCUCAGCAUGGUGAUCUGGAUAGACAAGACCGCUACAAAGACCAUGAUGAUCAUUAUGACAUGGGUGAAAAUGAGGAAGACCGUGAUCGCAUUCGAUAUGGCAGCCAGGAGUACGACGAUAGAGAUGAUGCUCAUGAUGAACACCAAAGCUACGAGGAUCAUGAUAAUCCAAUAGAUGAUCAUAGCGAUGAUGACGGAGAACAUCCUGAUGGUUCUGAGGAACAUCAAAACCAUGAUGACCAUGACAGUGAUGACGAUAAAGACCAUGAUAUUGAUCAUGAUGAUCAUGAUGAUCACGAUGAUCACGAACACAAAGACGACGAACUUUACGACAAUCAUGAUAGCCACGAGGAUGAUGAUCAUUUGUAUGCAAUCAUUUCAGGUGCCACAGAGGGGCACCAGAACAUCACUCAGAGGGUGCCAGGAGGCAAGGGCACCAAGGAUGAAAGUUGGCUGGAUGGCUAUCCUGUUAUCCUGGAACAAACUGAAAAUGGUAAAGCCACAACAGGUCAAACAGGACCAGUGGAUGGUAAGAGUGUUGUCAAGACAACAGAUAGACCCAAUGAGGUGGAAAUACGUAGACCAGUUCCUUACACCAGCUCACCAGACACACAUGAGUCUCCCACUAAAGCACCCAAACUAGAUCACAAGAUGGUGGAGGAGGUGAAGCCAAGCUUCACUGGAUCUCCUGCUGCCUCCCCUGACCAUUUACAACCUUCAGACACUCCCUCAUACUCCGACACCCUAGAUUAUGACACACAACAGGCAGCUCCCACCCACUCCUGGCUGGAUGAUCUCACCGAGCACCCCUUCCUGGAUCAUGGGCCAGCUCCUCCAGUGCAGGAUGAUGACAUCUUCAAUGGAGUGAUAGGGGAGCACACAGUACACAACCUGCCUGGUGAGACUGGUGAGAGGGGUGAGGCAGAGGGAGAGAUGCGUGAGACCAUUUGCGUGGGUGAGGACUGUCCCCCUCACCCUCCGAACCCCUCUAGUCAAGGUCCCAAAGUGGCAGCCAUAAUUGUGGCAUUGUGUGCUGUUGCCACAGCAGUCAUCAUUGGAGUUUGGUGUUACCGACGGCAACAGCAGAAGAGCUCCAUGUAUGAGAUGAAUGGGAAGGGCCAAAGUCAAACCAGACAGGGCCAACAGAUAGAGAUGCAGCAAAAAGUUUAG